ACACAGUUGUACAUAUUCUCAAUUCUGUUCAUCUUCAGUAUCAAUGGCGAAACCCGAGAACUCGAAAUCCAAUUCAGCGAAUCUUCUGCCUAAAUCCGGGUCUAUCUCCUCCAAAAUUCACCCGGCAAACGACCCGGAAACCGUUCCAGAUUUCUAUUCCCUUGAGAAAUUCCGCCUCCAUGAAACGCGCGCGAGGUUUUAUUUGAUUGGGAGUGAUAGGAACAAGAGGCUCUUUCGAGUUUUGAAGAUUGAUAGAAUGGAACCCUCAGAUUUAAACAUCAGUGAAGACCCUGUGGUAUAUCCUCCACAAGAAGUCAAGAGCUUGCUCCAACGGAUUGCUGAGGGCAAUCGAGCUACCGGAGGACUCAAUUUUGUGGCCAAAGUAUAUGGCAUUGUCGGUUGUAUCAAAUUUUUGGAGUCAUAUUAUUUGAUACUGGUCAAGAAGCGGCGGCAAAUUGGAUGUAUAUGUGGUCAUGCAAUAUACAGUAUAGAAGAGAGCCUAAUAAUUACAAUUCCUCAUGUCUCAGUUCAAACUGAUGUUGCUCAUUCCAAAACUGAGCAACGGUACAAGAAGCUUUUAUCCAGUGUUGAUUUGACAAAAGAUUUUUUCUACAGCUAUACAUAUCCGAUAAUGCAAUGUUUACAGAAAAAUGUAUUGUCAACUGGAGAAGAAGGGAUGCCAUAUGAAAACAUGUUUGUUUGGAAUGCUUAUCUAACACAGGCAAUUCGAUCAAGAUGCAAAAACACCAUUUGGACAAUUGCUCUGGUGCAUGGUAAUUUUAAGCAGGUUAGGCUAUCAAUUUUUGGUAGAGAUUUCAGCAUUGCUUUGGUUUCUAGACGCUCUCGCCAUUUUGCUGGCACACGUUAUUUGAAAAGGGGAGUCAAUGAUCAUGGAAGGGUAGCAAAUGAUGUUGAAACGGAGCAAAUUGUCCUUGAUGAAGAAGCUGGGACAUGCAAAGGAAAAAUGAGUUCGGUUGUACAAAUGAGGGGUUCAAUUCCUCUUUUCUGGUCACAGGAAGCUUCAAGAUUUAGUCCUAAACCUGAUAUUAUAUUGCAAAGAUACGAUCCUACAUAUGAAGCAACCAAACUUCAUUUUGAAGACCUGGCAAGGAGAUAUGGCAAUCCAAUCAUUGUUCUUAAUCUGAUAAAGACAGUUGAGAAAAGACCUCGAGAAAUGAUGCUACGUCGUGAGUUUGCCAAUGCAGUCGGGUAUCUAAACCAGAUUCUUUUAGAAGAAAAUCAUCUCAAAUUCAUCCAUUGGGACUUUCACAAGUUUGCAAAGAGCAAGUCUGCCAAUGUUUUGGCUGUUUUGGGUGGCGUUGCAAGUGAAGCACUUGAUUUAACUGGAUUCUAUUACAGUGGAAAGCCUGUAGUUGUUAAAAAAAGACGAACUGUCCACCUUUCUCGAACAAGCACACGUAGGGAUGCAUCUCUUAGAGAUUUAACAGCUAAUUCUGGAGAGCUUUCAAGGGUUGGCAGUGGUGCUGACACUUUAAAUUCGUUGCCCAAGCUAGACAGGGAGUUUGAAAGUGGUCAGCGGAUUGGUAAAGAUAUCAAUGGUAAUUCGGUGCCACUAUUUCAAAGUGGUGUUCUGCGUACCAAUUGCAUCGACUGUUUGGAUCGAACCAAUGUUGCCCAAUAUGCUUAUGGUCUAGCAGCUCUGGGCCGACAACUUCAUGCAAUGGGCCUGACAGAUAAUCCGAAAGUGGAUGUUGAUAGUAGCAUUGCAGGUGCACUUAUGGAUAUGUACCAGAGCAUGGGUGAUGCAUUAGCACAGCAGUACGGUGGUUCAGCAGCUCACAAUACUGUGUUCACGGAGAGGCAGGGAAAGUGGAAAGCUACAACACAUUCUAGGGAAUUUCUGAAGUCCAUAAAGCGAUAUUACAGCAAUGCAUACACGGACGGAGAAAAGCAGGAUGCCAUAAAUUUGUUUUUGGGUUACUUCCAACCUCAGGAAGGAAAACCUGCACUUUGGGAAUUGGAUUCUGAUUAUUAUCUUCAUGUAUCUGGGAUAGGAGAUGACCUUAUCCCCAAGAGUUGCAGUUAUUUGGAUGAGCCAAAGCCUUUAGGAGCAGCAACUCCAUUGGCCCCAAUUCCAGCAUGCCGAGAAGACUUUUCACGCAUGAAAUUGACAUCAUUUGAUGAACUGAUUGAAAGAACUUGCAGUUCAAUCAAGAAUGUACGGCUUUGUAGUGAGUUAGAGCAAAAAUCUGGGAGUUAUGGUGUGGCGCCUGAUGCAGCUGAAAUACAACUUAAGAGCCCAAAUUGGCUUUUUGGCCAGAGGAAAUAUGAAGGUAGUAGCUCUGCACCAAAAUUGGCUCCACAUGAAGUUGCAAAUGGAGGAGUUUGUGACGAGAAGAAAAUUGAUGGCUUAAGUGACCUUAAUUUGUUUUCGCCAGUCGUUGUUAGCAAUGAAGAAGAUAUAUUCAGAAGAUACCUGGCAAUGACAACAGUGGACGAGGCUAAUGGUUGGUAUGGUGGUACAUUGCUUGGUGAUCAAGACGAAAGCAGUGAGAUCUAUCGGCAUUAUGCCGAACUUAUUCAGGGCCCUGCAAUGGAACCCUUCCAAAAUGAUCUCGAGAAAGAACAAUACUACGCUGACCUUCUUGGUGUCAGCACAGUUGACUGCAUGGAUGAUUCUGCGGCCGAGGCAGAGAUGGAAGCUGCUUUCAAGGAGUAUGACCGAAUUGGUUCUGAUCUCGGGAUAUUUCCAAAAUCAUGUAAAGCUCUAGUUGUCGACCCAAGCCAGUUGACGAGAUGGAUAGUUGGCGAAGAUCGUCUAAGCAAUAUAUGAGAGUAAUCCCAUUGUCCAUUCACUCAUUCUUCUCUUUCCCUUCCCCCAUGCAUGCUUAAACUUCUGAAGUCCGCAUUUUGCGUGCAGGGCCAACACUCUCUGAACAAUUCGAACCGUUUAUUCCGUUAGUAUUAUGCUUUUGUUUUCAUUGACUUUUUAUCAUAAAUUGUAUUUUUUUUUUUUUUUCAAUUUGAUGGUUGACCUAUAAAAAAUAAUUUAUUUU